AAAAUAUUCAGUAAACUCCGGGACUCCGAGCUGAAAGGAGCGGAGAAUUCACCGGUCGGUUAUACUAAAUAAAUUCACAUCUGCUUAGCUGAGCUAACCAAGGGUUUAUGGCCGAGCCGAAGUCGGAGGAGCCGCAGGCCAAGCCUCCGCCGCGCAAUGAACCGGAUCUGCAGCCGGUGAAUGGGAUCGUCCAGCCGCCGGUCAUUCCGCCGCCGAAUCGACCAGGUCGCCGGACCAAUGUGCUGGAGAACCUCAAGUCCGUGCUGAACUGCAUCUGGCGGAGUCGCUGGGCCUAUCACUUCCGCCAGCCCGUGGAUGCGGUGGCCUUGGGUCUGCCCAACUACCACAAGUUGAUCAAGCACCCGAUGGACUUGGGCACGAUCAAGAAGCGCCUGCACAACAACUACUACUGGCAGGCGGACGAGGCGCUGGAUGACUUCGAGCUGAUCUUCGAGAACUGCAUGCUCUUCAACCUGGAGGGCACCUUAGUCCACCAGGCGGGCAAGGAGCUGCGGAACGCCUUCUACACUCGCCUGGCCUCGAUAGAUCUGAGCAGGGAGGAGGAACUGAAGCCCAAGCAGGAGAAGCGCAAGAGAAAGGCUACCGACGCACAGGACACUGCUCCGGUUUCAGCCGUGGCACCUCCUCUGGCUCCAAGUCGAACUUCAAGGCACUGUCCAACACCCAUUCCUGGGAUGAGCCCCCUGCCAGCUCCCCUUCGCCAUAUGCUGCCGCCUACUCUAAUCCCCACUUAUAUGCCCAAUUCCCUGGUAAAUCCCUUUACUUCAAUGCUCCCGUUUCCCUCGAUAAUAUCGCCACUGAAGAAUCCCUGGGAGUUGGCCCAUUUAAAACCAGGAACUUUGGGUAACAAUUUGAAAUUGCCUUCAGAAAAACAGGCCACUCCGCCAAAUCCCUAUCCACCAAUUGUCCUGCCACCUCCGUUGACUUCUGCUCCUCUUGAACCCUUGAUUAUGCCUCUGCCAAAAACUCCACCUUCACCUCCUCCACCUCCUCCGCCUCCUCCGAAACCCAAGCCAACUGUCAUAUGUUACAAGUCUCUGGACCGGAUGAUCGAGAAGCGCCACUGCGAUCAUCUCUUGAGGUCCAUGGUGAAGCGAAAGCGGCGCCAGUUCACGUGGGCUUUCAAUCGGGCGGAUCACUGGCGCAGAUACUCACAGAAUCCGGACUACGACCACGACCGCGAGGAGAAGCUGGACUGGAAGGUGUUGCAGGAUCGCUUGGAUGCGGACAUAUUCCUGAGCCUGGAGGGUUUUGUGAGCUCAGUGCGAAGGAUGUUCCAGAAUGCAUUGCGCUGCUUUCCGGACGACGGACUGGUCAAGACCUCGGUGAAAAAGUCCAAUGAGAUCUUUGAAAAGAGGCUGUGCAAGUACAAGGAGCUGAUAGCCAAGGCCAAAGAACGGGCACGCGAACUGGUGGCCUCAAAGGAAAAGGAUGUGAACGCACUUAGGCACCCAAGUGAUCAGGAGGCAAGUGGUACCAAGAUUGAAAGCGAAUUGGAGCCCGCUUCAGAGGGUCUAAGGAAGUCGGAGACCCCGGUGGAGAAACCCGAUAAAAGUGGCAUCAUUUCUCCAUCUCCUAGUAAAGGAAGCAGUCCUGUCAACAGGACCCCUUAAAAGCUAAUAGUACUU